UCUCGACUUUGCCCAGUAUAGCCAGCCCACGCAUCGACGGACGACGACUCUCUCGAACGACAGUCGGCCAGACGACAGCUACUUACACCGACGACGGCCCAACAACACCGCGAUGAGACUGUAACUCGACACUCUUGCCACCAUGCGUACAGAGUUCAAGAGCACGGCGCUGAUUGGCGUCGCCAUUGCGUGCGCUGGCAACGUCCUCAUCUCGCUUGCGUUGACGGUCCAGAAGCUAGCGCACAUCCGCGUCGAGGCGGCCGCUGCCGCGAAAGCACGGGCGUCACCUUCGGGACCGGCACCGGCAGUGUCAGCGUCCCGGCAGGGGCAGGGGCAGCAGGCCGUGCGCGCCCCGAAGCCGGGGUACGCGGCCGUCGACCUCGCCGAGCCGGUGCCGGUGCGGCGCGACUCUGGCGCGUCGCCGCUCACCAGCGACACGCCGCCACACGUAGAGGAGGGCGCGUACCUCUCCAGCCCGUUAUGGUGGCUCGGUCUCGGGAUGAUCGCCGUGGGCGAGGCGGGCAACUUCCUCAGCUAUGGCUUCGCGCCGGCGUCGGUGGUCGCGCCGCUGGGCACCGUCGCGCUCAUUGCCAACGUCAUCUUCUCGCCCCUCAUCCUCGGCGAGAGCUUCACGCGGCGUAACCUCCUCGGGACGGGCCUGGCCAUCCUCGGCGCCGUUACGGUCGUGUGGUCGUCGCGCGACUCGAACCCUAGAUUGUCUCCCGACCAGCUCAUUGCCGCGGUGACUGCCACGCCGUUCCUCAUCUACACGGCGCUGAACAUUGCCGUUGUCGUGCCCCUUGUCAUGCUCUCAUCCCGGGAAGAGUACGCGUCCAAGUACAUUGGCAUUGACGUCGGCGCGUGCGCCCUGUUUGGCGGGUACACCGUCAUGGCGACCAAGGCUCUCUCAUCGCUUAUGUCGUCGAUGCUGUUCGGCGCCUUCAAGCACCCGGUUGCGUGGGGCGCCGUCGUCGUGCUCGUCGUCACGAGCGUGCUGCAGAUCAAGUUCCUCAACCGCGCACUCAUGCGUUUCGACAGCAACCAGGUGAUUCCGACGCAGUUCGUCUUCUUCUCCCUCGCCGCGAUCGUCGGCUCUGCAGUGCUGUACCAGGAGUUCCGCGACGUCGACAUCAACUCGCUCGUCGACUUCGGCUUCGGGAUCACGUUCACCUUCCUGGGCGUCUUCUUCCUCACCACGCCCCAGCCGACCGACAACGAGCAGACGCGCAUCCUGGCAAUAGUCGACGAGGAGGCCCCGCUGCUCCUCACACCUGGCUCACGCCGCCCCUCGGUGCAGACGCCUGGCGCUGGCGGCGUCGGCCCCAUCCCGGGUCGGCUGGUCAAGCGCCCGUCCGCGUCCAACAUCAGCCUCGCGCUCAACUCGCAAGCGGGGCUGCUGCUGCUGGCGACCACACCACCUGUCACGCCCAGCGCGCUCCCCAUCGGCGGGUCAUUGUUCGCCAAUGGCUCCUCGUCCCAGGCGAUCCCGUACCGGCCCCGGAGCGGCUCAAGAACGAGCAUCACGAGCGACGUCGCGCGGCGGGGGAGCCCGCUCGCAGAGACGGGGUUCCCAAGUGUAUCUUCUAGACUAGGAUAGUAUUUCGCCA